CCAUAGUCAAGUAGUGACAUCUGUUGUUAAGCUAUUGAGAACAAGAGCAGAUCACGAAUUUUUUUGUUUUCAAUGAAUGUGUAGCAUGGUUACAAAUGUUUGCGGCAUGAAUUUUCUCUCCACAUUUUCAACUCCUUUGACCGUUUUAUGAAUUUCAAACAUUAUCCAGUUUUUUUCUUCACCAAUGGAUACCAUUUACGAUUCUAAUCAAAUCACAAAUGUGACAAAUAUUCGAAAUAUAAAUACAUCAUUGAAUGGAAUAAAAAAUACCCUGUAUUUUUCGACACCAUCCAAUUAUUUAUCAGCUAAAUAUGUUUGGAAUAUAAUCGAUUCUCGAUUAGAAGUGUAUAGUUUUGAGCAAAAAUGUAAUAAUCGUUUAGUGGCUUCAUUUGAUUUUGGUCGUAUUUUCAACGAUUCAAACAUAUUGAUCACCAAUGUGAUCCGUUUAGCUGAUCGUUUUGAACUUACAUCACACUUUCGCCAUCCAUAUAAAUUAAUUGUCAUUUUAAGCUUGACAAAUGCUCAAAAUUAUAUCUGUCUAUUGGAUAUUCGUCUUAAUUCAAUCAUAAAUACGAUCGAUUUUCCAUUCAUUAUAACCUGUGCUGAAGUUGUACUCAGUGGUCAGAAAGAUAAUGUAAAUAAUAUGCCAUUAAUCAACGAAUUAUGCUUCAUGAAUGGCUGUUUGGCUAUUGGUUGUGAAGGUGGUUUAGUCUUUUUCAUCGAUCUUAUUCUCGAUUCUUAUUCUCCCGAGCCUCUAAUUCAAAAGAUAUCAAUAAUAACACCAAAUAGUUCUCAUAUGGAUAUGAACAACAAACGUCGAACUGCAAUAUUUCACAAUCAGGUUCUUUGUAUAACAUUGAACAGUGAAGCUAAGAAUAAAGGAAAAUUCAAUUAUAGAGCUGAUGAUGGCACCAUCAUGGCAUCCUAUCUUCAAAACCAAGUUUAUAUUAGUGCUCUUCAUUAUAUACCGCAAUUGUCAUUGAUUUGUGUUGGUUACAAUUUUGGCGGUUUUCAUCUCUAUAAUCUUCAAACAUUCAUUCUUGAAUGCAGUUGCAAUGUUGAUCCGGAUUUAUUGCCUGUAAUCUCGUUUUCAUUUCAAUCACCUGAAAAUGAUCCGAAAAAUUACUCUUAUCUUUGGGUUGUUCGUGGAUUUCCUUAUCGUGUUCCAAAUGUUUUUGGAACACAUUCUCCCGUUGGAAUGUCAUCGGUUUUCAUCUAUUUACUUUGUUAUCAGAAUAGGAAAUAUAUUGAAAAUUAUGGAAUUCUAUAUGAUACGUUCAAGCUAUGUUGUUGCAAAUUUGAAAUGCUCCUCACUUCAAAUUUUUCGGAAAAAAAUACUUUAAAUAAGAAUCAUCAAGCGAAUAGCAGCAGAUUAAUCGACAUGUUCACUAUACAUCAAAUACUACCGGUAUCGAAAACAAUUGAAGAAGAAACGCUGACAAAUCCGAUCGAUUACAACUAUCUCGUUAUAGCAUGGGAAACGUCCACUGGAAAAAAUAAGGAAUCUAACUUUUAUUUUUGCCUAUUCGACCUUAAUCAAUGGUAUAAAUCUCAAAUGCCUAAAAGUUUUUGCAUUGAUCAAAAUGGCCAUUGUCCGUUCAUUUCAUUAUAUUCGAUGAAUACAUUGUCGAAGAUUUUUCAGAAUAAUAUCAUACAAGCCAUCUAUUUGCCAAGUAUUUCAAUUUCAAAAUUUAGUUCAAACAUGUUCUAUUCGGAUAUCCAUUCAUAUCCAGUAUCAAUAUCCUUCAAUUUGACCGUUGCAUCCACUUCACAGCUUUGUAACAUCAGCUAUCAAGGAAUUCAAAAACGUUUAAUAUCUUUCUUGAAUUCUUCAAAUCUUAAAGAUUUAAUGAGUAAUUGUAAUGAUAUCGUUGUAAAAUGUUUUAAAUAUGGUCUGAUUUCUGGUGAAUAUCCAUCGACUGAUGAACUAACAAGCGAAACAAAUUCAAAGCUCUUUGAACUGUUGAACGUUGCAUUGGAAAAUAAUUUGAAUUCUUUAUUAAUUAAUUUUAUUGAAAAAGAUUCCUUAUACACAGACGGCUCAGAUUGGAUGCUUUUACUAGAUUGGAUCUGGACCAAAGUAGAAUCAAUCAAAAGUUCUAUCGACAUUUUUGUUGCCCCACUAUUUGAUUUAUCCGGUACUAAUGUUUCUCGACAUGACAUUGCCAAGUUGUUAUGCUAUGAAAGCCAUCUCGAAACAUUAUCAGUAUUGCUCAAACAAUUGUUGAAAAAUUCCACUAAUGAUUCUAAUCUUGGUUUCGAAAAACUCAAAGCACGCAUUGAAAUUGUUAAUCUGAUUCAAAAUUAUCUAAAAUUCAUAUUAUUCUUCGAAAAUUUUGGCUUUUUACCUGAAUGUCAAGAUUCCGACGAUAGUGUUAAUGAAGAUCGACCAAGGUAUUCAUAUUUGAAAACAUUAGAAUUUUAUUGCAAACGUCGCGAUGAUCUGAUGGCAGUGAACAAAAAUUUUUUCAAAAGUAAACAUAUUCUUCUCAUCGACAUUCUUGUCAAAUAUUUGGAACCACAUAUCGGAUCGAUUUGGAAUUGCAAAGAUCAUAAGAAUCUUUAUCCACCUCAAAAUCUAUCAAUGUUAUGUAAAAUUUUUUUGCUAGAUGAUGUUCCUUCAGUAUGCAAAAAAUCAGUUCUUCUUUAUUUCUUUUACGAUUUAUGCGAUAAUCUUAAUGAACAUGGAAUUGCUCAAAAGCUUUCUGGUUUGAUUUCAACCAUCGAUAUCGAUCAAGGUGUUCAAUAUUUCAUCGAAGGAAUAUGGUUUCUGGACCAUCAACACUAUGAUCGAGCUCUUCAAUUGUUCACACAUCCAAUGGUGUCAACUUCAUUGAGUCAUUUGAAAAUUAACAUAGGAUUGUUUAAUGAUUUGAUGCAACGUAUCAUUGAAUUGUUCUUGUAUGAAAAUCAGUACGAAAAGGCUUUAACAUUGACAAUGAAUUGUAAUCAUCUUAUUCUGGAUCAAGAACAAAACGAAAAUCUAUAUAUUCAGAUUUUAUUGCUCAAUGGAAAUUUAUCCAGUGCAUUCGAAUUUCAACGACAACGACGUGCCAAUUCAAAUUCUUAUCACCUUUUGUACAAGCUAUUUUUCGUCUGCGAAAAAAUGGACACAUUGGUUCAAGUUUGCCGUAUACCUUUAGACAAUUUUGAAGAAGAAGUGUUUAUCGAAUAUCUUCUUAAUUCAAGUCAAUCAACAUCGAAAAUGAUUCUCGUUUUGUACUUUAUUCUAAACAAUAAGCUUGUUGAGGCAAUUAAUAUUGUUAAACAAUUUGAACAGGAAUUCCAUUUGGAAGAAGAUAAUAAAAACAUUAUCGAUUUGAUCGAUGCAUAUGUUACAAUAUUGCCAACAUAUACCCUCGAUUUGGCCAAACAAAUUCUACAGGCAAAUAAUUCGAGCAAAACAAAUGGAACUCAAUCCAAAACUGUUUUAAUCACUAAUCAAUCAAUCACUUUGACUCCUAUUCGAAAAAUAGAAGAAUCUUUGAAAAAGCCACUUUAUUUAUCGCCAGGAUUUUCAAAAUCGAAAAUUCUCAAAACGAAAAAUCAAAAUGCGAUUGGAAAAUUAUUCUCAAUCUUAAGGACACCGGAUAUGAAACGUAAACUAAUCGAUAGUGUCAACAAUAGUUGUCGAUCUGAUUUAGCUGCGUCAAAAAAACCUAUUUUGAAACUGGCUAGUGAUUUAAGUAUCGAUACCGAUACUGGACAUAGUAAAUUGAAAGUAUCAUUUCUCAACGAAAUCGAUUCUUCUAAUGGCGAAAUUUCAAACAAUAAACUGACCACCAAUGAAUUAGAACCAAUGGAAUCGAAUUCUAGCUCUAGUAGUAGUAAUACAAUUAAAACUAUUGAAGAAAUAACACUUUCAACACCAUCAGCUCGAAGAUCCAAAAUGAUUCGAAAACAAACCGUAGCUAUGGAUUCCCCUACACAUCGUAUGACAUUACGAAGUAAUCGAAAAAAUUAAUAAAAAUGAAUCAUUUUACCACAUAAAAUGACAAUGAAUGUUUAUAUU